UUACGCCACGACGUUCCUUACAUUAUUUCCUUAAAUCUGAUUCGUCUGUGCUAUCUGAUGUGGGAAGUGUUAGGUCAUAUUUUAUCGAUUGCUGUUUUAUCAGAUAUGUGGCAGAAAUGGAUUUUUGAUUCUUCAUAACUUGGAUGCAUACUCACUCACCGUUUGCAUGUCAUUGUAUAAUUCAUGAAAUCUGUGAUUUCCCUAAUCUGAUUAAUAACUAACGAAAAUGCACAGAUUAUUAAUUAACCGUAGCCGAAACUAUUUUUUGUUGUUUCGUCAGUACAAGAGACUGCUGAGGCAAGUUUUACUGAGUGGUGUACGUUGGUUAUCAAAGGAAAGUGGUGUUGCUAGACCAGUAGUCAUUUGUGGACCAUCUGGUAGUGGGAAGUCUACCCUCCUUAAAUACUUGAUGAAGGAGUUCCCGGACUAUUUUGGCUUUAGCAUUUCACAUACGACACGGAAGCCAAGACCUGGUGAAACACAAGGCAAAGAUUAUAACUUUGUAGACAGAAAGGAGUUUGAAGAGGCUAUUGCUAAUGGUGAAUUUUUGGAGUUUACGGAAUUUUCUGGAAAUAUUUAUGGUACUAGUAAAAAGGCUGUGAAGAAUGUGCAGAAUCAGGGUCGGAUAUGCAUUUUAGACAUUGAAAUUGAAGGAGUGAAAAACAUCAAGAAAACAGAUCUGAAUCCAAGAUUUAUAUUUAUCAAACCACCUAGCAUUGAAGUAUUGGUAAGUUUAGAUAUAUUUUGUAUGUUUAUUUUAAUGUUACAAUGUACUUUCUUAAUAUAUAUAUAUGUGUAUGUGUGUAUUUAAUAGAUACAUGUGUCCAAUAAU